GGAGAACGUUUUUUCCAUUUUAUCUCCACCUUGUCCGCACUUCGUUUUGUGCUCUCUUUGUGCGCUGCCUCGCUUAACAUUUGGGCCUAAAUUGAAUCCAAUCGAAAAAGCCCCGCCGUGUGUGCCUGUGAAGUUUGUUAAAUACCGCCCAACGGGCCAAUGGCCAAUAUGCAAUAAGAAUAUGUGUGUGCAAUAAUAAUAGAGAACGGGGUGCCCCAAAACAGGAAAAUGGUGCUAGACGCUCCUAACGCCGUGCCGAGCUGGCAUAUUUUGCUUAGCGACGCCGUCGGCGUCGAUUUUUCCGGCCGCGAACUCUGCGCGAGGAAUUUACAACAAAAACAAUGAGAAAAAGAAAUGGUAUUUAAAUUGUGCAUCCGAAAACGAUUUAGAAAUGCGGAAAAGCGGUAAAUGUCGAUCCAAAGCGAAUGUUUUUCUUUUGAAGGCCCUGUCUAAAUGACGUCACAACAAGCGUAACAGAGUGCAACAGACAACAAUGACCGAUGAGCAUAAAAGUAACAUUAACAGUAACAGCAGUAACUCCAGCGACAACAACAACAGCAAUAACAACAACACGGCAGCAAGUAGCAGCAGUAGCAACAACAACAAUAACUGCAACGAGAGCAGCAACAACAACACUAGUGGAAUAAUUGCAGAGGCGGCCGCCAAGUUUCUACUGAAAAAUGGCCUGAACGGGAGUAGUAGCAAUAGCUUUCCCCCCCUGCCACCGCCUCUGGCCGCCAACUUAAGCAGGACGACCACGCCCACGUCUACGCCAACGCCCACGCCCACGCCCUCAUCCUGCAGCUCCACCCCCACAAAUGGCUUUUUGCCGCAUGCCAAGACGCCCAAAAGUAGUAGCAUCAUGGCUGCAUCCGCCGCAGUGGCAGCCACCAUCGUUGGAGCUACUGCGUCCAAGCCCAGCAUUGAUGUCCUGGGCGGUGUCCUGGACUACAGUUCCUUGGGCGCAGCAGCCACUGGAUCACUGCCCACCACUGCAUCAUCAGCGGGAACAGUAAAAAUCGCCAAGGGCAGCAGUUCCGGCGGCAGCUUUGAUAUGGGCAGGACUCCAAUAUCGACGCAUGGCAAUAGCAACAACAGCUGGGGCGGCUAUGGCGGCCGCUUGCAGUUCUUUAAAGAUGGAAAAUUCAUAUUGGAACUGGCACGAUCCAAGGAUGGCGACAAGAGCGGCUGGGUGUCGGUCACGCGCAAGACCUUCCGCCCUCCAUCGGCGGCCACCUCGGCCACUGUGACCCCAACGUCAGCGGUGACCACAGCGUAUCCAAAGAACGAGAAUUCCACAUCGCUGAGCUUUUCGGACGACAACAGCUCAAUACAAUCUUCGCCGUGGCAACGAGAUCAGCCCUGGAAACAAUCCCGGCCCCGGCGCGGCAUAUCCAAAGAGCUGUCACUCUUCUAUCAUCGCCCCAGGAACAGUGCGCUUGGGCGGGCUGCUCUCCGGACAGCCUCGCGCAAGCGUCGGCGGCCUCAUGAGCCGUUAACCACCAACGAGGAGCAGCAGCCGAUGUUCGAGGUGGCGGUAAAGGCGGAAAACGGCGACGAUACUCUUAAGGCGGAAACUGCAGAGGUCGAGGAAGGAGGCGCUCAGUCGGAAAAUUCCGCAAAUGAGAUUAAAACUGAAAAAUCGGAAACGAUCAAACGCGAGGAAGAUGCUGAAGGCCCCGAGAAGGCGGUAAACGAUGAUAGCGAGUCAAAAGAAGCAGCGUCCGCUCUAAAGGUGGAUGUACAACCAAAAGACGAGACUGUGGAGAAAAUGAAUACUAGUGAGGACGAGGAAGCUGUCACGGCCCCGCUUACAGUAAGCACGAUUCCCGUGAACGGAGACUUAAACGGCGAACUGAUUGCGAGGGUUGGGAAACCAAAACCGAAACAGCGGGCCAAGCUCAGCAGCAUCAUCCAGAAAUUAAUCGAUGGCGUGCCAGCACGUCUAGAGCAAAUGUCCAAGACACCAGUGGCAACAGCUACAACUACAACGGCGUCAGCAGAGCGAAGCGGUGGCGGAGUCAUUGGAAGUUUAGGUCACUCCUUGACGCACAAGGUUUCUCCGCCUUCGUCGGCAUCAGCAGCUAGCCGUCUAGUCGAGUAUCACCACCAGCACGUUUCGCCCAGGAAGAGGAUCCUGCGCGAGUUUGAGAAAGUGUCGUUAGAGGACAACGGAUGCGUGAACAACGGUAGUGGUGGUGGAAGCAGCGGUGGAGCUGGUGGCAAGCGAAGCCGCGCAAAGGCUUCUUCGACCUCGUCUGCGGCUGCCAAGGCGUCGCCAAUUAAUCUGGCCCCGCCCCAAGGAAAGCCGAGCCCCAGUCCCGGCUCUAGCUCAUCCAGCACUUCACCAGCGGCGGCGUCCACGCAGCCAACGCGACUGAACAGCUCUUAUAGCAUCCACUCUCUGCUAGGUGGGAGCAGUGGCAGCGGCAGCUCAUCCUCCUCCUCUGGCAAGAAAAGCGGGGACCAUCCGGCGGCUAUAAUCAGCAAUGUGCACCACCCGCACCACUCCCUCUACCAGUCCAGCUCCUCGGGCUAUCCACGAGCGCUGCUCACCUCGCCCAAGUCUCCAGAAGUAACCGGCAGCAAUGGCGGCGGAAAGUCUCCAUCGCACGCUGGAGCCAAGAAGCGUUCGCCACCGUACACGGCUGGAUCACCGCUACCAGUGGAUUAUGGUCACUCCUUCUACAGGGAUCCCUAUGCGGGAGCUGGUCGUCCUACCACAACGAGCUCGGCGUCGCAGGACCUCUCCCCGCCCCGCUCUUCGCCAGCAUCGCCCGCCACGACGCCGCGCACUGUGCCCAAAAAGACUGCAUCGAUCCGGCGCGAAUUUGCCUCGCCGUCAGCCAGCAGCAGCAGCUGUCCCUCGCCCGGAGAUCGGAGUGCCUCGCCUCCGGACCGGCGGCACAUGCAGCAGCAGCACCUGCAGCGCAGCUCACCUCUGCACUAUUAUAUGUAUCCGCCACCACCUCAGGUGAAUGGAAACGGAUCCGGCGGCAGUCCGACCUCGGCGCCAGUGACGUCGAGCAGCAGUGCAGCUGCAGUGGCGGCGGCAGCAGCGGCCGCAGCCACCUACAUUCCUUCAGUGGUGUCGCCGUCGCUAUACCACCCUUACAUAUCCACUCUGGCGGCGAUGAGGCACAAUCCGCUGUGGAUGCACCACUAUCCAGCAGGAGCUUCGGCCCUGCUGCCGCCACACCCACAGGCCGGUAGCUCAGCGGCCGCCGCUGCUGCAGCUGUUGCUGCUGCUGCGAGACUGUCGCCCCAAUCGCCCUAUCACGCGUUCGCGUACAACGGAGUAGGUGCGGCCGCUGUUGCGGCUGCAGCAGCUGCAGCCGCCUUCGGACAGCCCGCUCCCAGUCCUCACACGCAUCCGCACCUGGCCCAUCCGCACCAGCAUCCACACCCGGCUGGGCUCACGACCCACCACUCGCCCGCUCACAUGGCCACGCCAAAACUGACUGAUAGUAGUACCGACCAAAUGUCUGCAGCGUCCAGUCAUCGCACCGCCUCCACUUCGCCGAGCAGCUCGAGCGCAUCCGCCACUUCCGGCGCCAGCUCCUCCGCAAUGUUUCAUACUAGUAACCUAAGGAAUGAACAAAGUUCAGACUUACCACUGAAUCUGUCAAAGCACUGAGACAUACACACGCCCAGCUGCCCCAGUUUCUGGGCCGACCAUCGAGUUAAGUACAUUAUCGCACUAGUAGCGCUUAAGACGACAUUCAACUACACGUAAAAUUAUUUCAUAGGUUCGCUGAUAAUUUAGUUUUAACGUAAUUGUUUUAGCCUAAGCCUAAUCGUAGGUUCUUAAUUAAGGCCGAACAUUUAAAUUACUAAUACGAAAAGAGAAGAAAAACUACGGGAAAAAAAACUCAACUAUGUUUUUUAACCAGUUCCAGAACUUUUUAUACAAACAGUUGAGAAAUGGAAUUUUCGAAAAACAUAUUUAAUAUGCAAAGGAAUUUUAUUCUAUGCCGACUAAUAAAAAGUAAUUUAAUAAAAACAUUUUUCUAUAGGAUGUAUGAAAUGAAAGUCAUGAAGAAUCUCAAAAAAGAGUUACGUUUUUUUCAUCAAAACAUUUCCUUGAAACAGACUGAACCUGAUUUUUUUUUAGAAAAAAAAGAUUAACUUAGUUACGGAUCGCAGCAUAUAACUUUUUAAACUAUAUUUAUCAAAUUACAAGAACAGAUUUUUUAUAAAAAGCUUGUGCCUUUAAAGAUGAAAAUAAAACUAGGGAUACAACAAUUAAUAUGUAAACCAGAAGACAAAUUUACUGAAAAAAGAUAAAAAUACGCAAAAAAUAAAAGAUAUUCUAUGGUAAAAACUUUAGAUAUCUUAAAUAUCGAGGUCCAAAAUAGCAAUCGACAGAAAUUGGUGCUAGGUAGAUUAUAUACGAUUCGAAUUGUUUUUAAAAAUUUUGGAAUCAAUUUUGAAAUUGAUUUAGAAAGCUUAUUCGAAAUCAAUUUUAAAAUGCAUGAGUUCCAAUUGUAAUGUUCACGAUUUCAUAGAAUCAUUUUGUGAGUUUUCUUUAAAUUCAUUGACUGACUCUAAAAGUUAAAAUUUUUUUAGAUAGGUAAAAAAAGUUCAUAUGUGAAGUUCAAGUUUAAAUCCUCGAGGGAUUUAAAUUUAACCAUUCCAUUUGAUGUCUUUCAUUUACAUUGUUGUAUAACUUUACUUAGUGCCAAUUCACUGUCAAUGCUGUCCAAUCAAAAACAAAUGAAAAUGUACAAAAAUUCACAUAUACAAAAUAUUUACAAAAAAUUUAAAUAAAAAAAGAUCCUAAACAGACAAAUUCAAACCGGAAUUCGUACAACUGAAACUAAUACAAAUAAAAAAAUAUUCCUAACGCAAAAAGACAAAAACAAAACGCGGUUUCUCAUAUUUUCUAAAUUAUUUAUAUAAAUCAAAUGACUAUUUAUAUUUACGGAUAUGUUAAUGUGUAAGUAAAUAGUUGUAAUUGUAAAUACAGUAUUUUUACACAACAACAAAGUAAACCGAUACAUGAGAAAUAACCAAUAUAUUUAAAAUAACUAUUUUUAUAACGGAUUUUAACAAAAUACUGUAUAUUUUGUAUCUGAUUAUGUAGAAUAAAAAACAAAAGGAUUCCAUAAGAGGUCAAGAA